CGAGAAAGCAUCGAGUGACGUAGACGAAGAAGACAUGUCAAGAGCACUAAUUUUAUAUUCAGAGGAGUUAGUAAAGAAACUGGGCAUAAAAAGGUUAAAUUAUUCAAAGUUUAAAGACAGAAAAUUUGUUGGACGUGGGGGAUCAGCUGUUGUUUUUUCGGCAGUUUUUGAGGGGGAAAAGUAUGCAUUAAAAAGUUUAAAUAAUAACCUAAGUAUUGACAAAAAAAUAUUUAAAGAGACAAAACGUGAGCUUGAACUUCUUUACAACCUUAAUCAUCCGAACAUCGUCAAAUUUCAUGGAGUGUCAAUCGGCAUUCCAGAAAUAGUACCGAAGGAGCCUCAAUUAAUAUCAGAAGUCGAAGACUGCCAACACAAUACACGUGAGCCUAGACUCUUAAUUGUUUCGCAUUUUUUACCACGUACUAUUGUAAAAACGACUAGUGGUUAUAAACUUGAAAAGUCUUCUAAUGGCUUGGUGGACAUACUUAGUGAAUUUGCAAAGUCAAGAAAAUUUAUUUGGUUCGGACGACCUGGUGGAAGCAUACCUGAAGAAAAAGAUAAGCUUACAACACAACUAAAAGAAUCCUCAUAUUAUCCAGUUUUUAUCGAAAAUUCUUUAAUUGAACGACAUGAUAGUUUUUCAAAUUUAACUCUAUGGCCACUAUUUCACUAUUGUCGUCCUGGUGAAAAGUUUUUCUGUCAAGAAGAUUGGGAUUCAUAUAAGAAUGUUAAUGAAUUUUUUGCAGACGUUAUUAAUGACGUAGUUCAAGAUGGCGACUUAAUAUGGAUACAUGAACAUCAUCUUAUGCUACUGCCAGGCAUAUUAAGAGAAAAAAUUAGUAAUAGAAAUUUAAAUGUAAAGAUUGGAUAUUUCUUACAUACAACAUUUCCGAGCAGUGAGAUUUAUAGAAUUCUUCCUGUUCGUGAAGAAAUUUUGACUAGCGUUCUUAAAUCUGAUCUAGUUGGGUUUCAGACAUAUGAUUAUGCUCGUCACUUUCUGUCUUCAUGCCAUAGUAUAUUAGGUUUGUCAAUUAAACCUAAUAGAGUCUACUAUGAAGAUAGGCAUGUGCAUAUUGGUAUAUUUCCUAUCGGCAUUGAUCCGGAAAGAUUCAUUGAAAACUUAAAUGAAAUAAAAGUUCAAAAACAUAUUAAAGAUUUGAAAGAAAAAUUUAAAGAUAUUAAAAUUAUUUUAAGCAUAGAUCAAUUGGAUUAUAUUAAAGGUGUUCCACAAAAGUUACAUGCUUUAGAUUUAUUCCUAAGUAAAAAUCCCGAAUGGAUCGGUAAAGUUGUACUUGUUCAAGUUGUCAAGUCUUCGCGAUGGAAUACUGAGGAGCGUAAUAAUUUAAGUCAUGUUGUUUAUGAGUUAGCUGGAAAAAUUAAUGGCAAGUUCAGUACUCUUAAAUUAUCACCAAUUCACUUCAUGCACCGUAAUCUUUCUUUCGAAGAAUUUUUAGCACUAUAUACGGUAUCAGAUGUAUUCAUAGUUUCAUCAUUAAGAGAUGGUAUGAAUGUUUCACCUUAUCAAUAUAUUUCAUGUCAAUACGAAAAUCAAGGAGUGUUGAUUCUUAGUGAGUUUGCAGGAGCUGCACAAUGUUUGGAUGCUUCUAUUUUAGUAAAUCCUUGGAACACAGAUGAAUUUUCAAAUGCUAUUUAUGAAGCAAUUACAAUGGAAGCAAAAUUACGUAAAUCAAAUUAUCAAAAAUUGCGUCAAUAUGUUAUGAAACAUACUGUCUCUUUUUGGGGAAAAAGUUUUAUUGAUGAAUUGAAG